AUGAAGAUAAAUAUAUUAUCUUUUGACGACAAGCCAUGCAUGAGACUACAACUGGCUGGAUGUACUCCUAAAGAUAUAUGUCCCGUAUGUCAAAAUGGAGGACAAUGCUUACAGCAGGCCACGUGUAAAUGUCCAUAUGGUUUUGCUGGUGAUCACUGUGAAAUGGAAAAGAGUGAAUCUCCUCAAGGCGCAUGUCUGGUAAGACAAGGUUUAGCAGAUAAGACCUUGACAUCUGAUCAUUUGCUGGUGUCAUCUUCUGCCCAAAACCAAACCAAGGACAUGGGUCGACUUAACUACUGUUGUAAAGGUGAUAUUAUCAGUGGCUGGUGUCCUUCCCUAACUGAUCCGAAUCCUUGGUACGAGGUGUCGUUCCCGUCACCAGUGGCCUUUGGGGGUCUUGAGAUCCAGCCCCCAUCAAUGCCCGGAGUUUUCACUCCACCUGCUGCCUACAUGAAGACUUUCCGCCUUGAGAUUAUCUUGAAAGAGGAUUCCCUCAAACAAUGGAGGGUUGUAGCACCUUCCCUGGAAGCAAUAUCAAACAGUUCUAUUGGAAAGUUCUGGCUGGUUUUCACACCCCCUGUCGCCAUUGAUUCCUUGAGGGUUUACCCUCUCACGAGUCAGGUUUCUCCUUGUUUCCGGUUUGAUGUCCUAGGUUGUGAUCCUUCAACGCUGUGUCCUGUUGAUUUCUGUAAGAAUGGUGGGACAUGUGUUGGCGAGGGACAGUGUUCCUGUACACAUGGUUAUUACGGGUCUGACUGCAGUGUAACGAAGCUAACGACGACUGUUUUUGAAAUAACAUCCAUCGUCAAACAAGUGAUCCAAACAACGACAACCUUGACCUUCAACAUUCAUGGACACGUGACUCUGUCAACCACAAGUCUCGGGCAGGCAGUGUACGUAAAUGGUGCUAAUAGUUACGUGACCGUCAGUAAUAGCAAUUUCCCAUCAUGCCUCCAAAAUAUUAGAAGUUGUACCUCUGGUUUUACUAUCAACUUGAACGUUAAGUUUGACAAGCUUGAGGAAAACACUUACAUCAUUUCUAAUGGCGGUGACCGCCCAGACGGCAUUGGUCUAGCACUGUAUUAUGCAAACAACCAGCUACACUAUAUAGUAUCCACCGAUACCCUCAUAUGGAGGCUACAAACCACCACCAAUCUCGCUUUGAACAUCUGGCAGCAUCUUGAGAUCUCGUGGAGUUCCUCUGUUGGAAUCGAACUUCUAAACAACGGUAUGCUUAUUGGCAGCACGACUCGUCCCCAACCACGCCCUACGACAACUACCAUAACCAUGAGGGAGAUAUCUCUGGGUUAUGGUUACAUCAGCACGUCCACGAAAGUUUCGAUGAAAUUCACUGGCCUGAAAACUUACGACGCUAAGAGAACAGACUUGGUGAAUCAAGGAGUCAUCACAGUGCCAACCACAACACCAAUUACUGCUAAACCGACAGUGUCAUCAUCAGCAAUGACAACAAAACCUAAUACGACACCAACUCCUCUGGCAGAGUCGACGUCAUCUGCAGCUCCAAUCCAGUAUUUGAACUUCACUUUCAUACAGAUAAAAGACAACCUUUUGAUAACACCCCUUCACAACUUCACCGUAUAUGGGAAACCCAGCAUUGUGCCGGAAGCUAAUGGAAAUGCCAUUCUUGUUCUCAAUACGACUGGACAAUAUGUAGAACUGCCGAAUACUGGCAUGCAGUGCUUGCAAGACCUUACGACAUGUGAUAAUGGUUUCACAUUGAGUGUAGAAAUAAAAUUCCUCAAUUCUACAAUCACCGAUAAACAGUAUAUCUUCUCAAGCGGCGGUGAUCAGUUAAACACUUCCGGUAUAGCACUGUAUCUUUGGAUGGGAGAGUUGUACUGUGCUGUAAAAUGGAAUAAAUUUAUGUGGACUUCGAAAUUAAAAAUUCAUUUUAGUCACACAGAAUGGCACACGUACCAAGUUUCCUGGAAUGAAGUUGAUGGAUUCAUUGUCUACAUUGAUGGUCAUCUCUUCAUGAAUCAUACUAUAAAACUCCCCAACCCUACACAACCAGACAUUCACUCUCUACUGAUUGCAAAAGGUCACGGAUCCUCCAUCACCACUUUCAUUGAUAUCAGAAACCUGUAUGCCUGGACAGCAUCACGUGAUGUUCUCAUUCACGAACAUAUAAUUCAAGAUUAUACUACGGUCAAACCAACACCAAGCCCGACCAAGAAGCAAACAACAGCAGCACCGACGACAAAGACCCCAACAACAAAGGCACCAACGAAACCUCCAACAACAAAGGCACCGAAAACUUCUCCAACAACAAAGGCACCGACAACGUCUCCUACAACAAAGGCACCGACAACGUCUCCUACAACAAAGGCACCGACAACGUCUCCAUCAACAAAGGCACCGACGACUACACCAAAUAAGCAAAUGGUUUCGUACAACUGGUCAUUCACCCAAAUCAGCCAGACGAAUCUAAUAACAUCUGAUAACAUUACGCUACAAGUACACGGUGGUGCUACAGUGGAUAAAAAAGAGGAGGCUCUCCAUAUCACGCAAACGACACAUUACAUUGACUUCGGCAUACACAACAACAUGUGUCUGGGCAACCUUGAUAGGUGUCAGUCAGGAAUCACUUUCGAGGUCGUAGUGUCCUUUAAAUUACUUCAGGAGAAUACUAUAAUAAUGUCAAGUGGUGGGGAGAGAACGGACGGAACAGGAGUGGCACUUGUCUAUAGGUUUGGCCAGAUUCAAUGUAUAGUGUCUACCUCCACUGUGUCGUGGUACGCGUCUGUUCCAAGGGGAAAACUAACGAUAUCCUCCUUCAAUUCCAUCGUCGUCUCGUGGGCUCUUGACAAAGGUUUGAUUUUGUAUGUAGACAAGAAGAUUGUAGAUUUUAGUACAACACAGAUAUCUCAUCAGUUGGCCAUCAACACCAACCAGCAUCUUUAUGUGGGACAGCCACCAACAGUGAAUACAGUCACUCAGGUAGAUUUCUAUCUCAAGUCCAUCAAAUGCUGGCAUGUGUGGAUUGAUAUUAUAAUCGAUAUUGAUAUCAUCAUUGGCUUCCCUCCAAGUAAAGUUACCACUACCCUAAAACCAGUUUCUACAACUACGACAUCUACUACUACGAAGAAGGCAACAACAACAGAUGUUUGUCACAAAGGCUGGAUAUGUAAAGAUGAUAUCACAACUCCAGCACCAAAGACCACAAAGAAACCAAGCCCGACUACACCUAGUACUACAACUCCGCAGCCAACUACGACAAAAUCUACUCCGAAACCCACUACAUUACCCACGACUACCCCUAAGCCUACGACACCCCCUACCACUACUCCACGUCCCACUAAACCUGGAUUACCAAUUUACAACGUGCGUCCUACCCUUCUACCCAUAGUAGACGGACAAGGAGCUGCAUUCUUCACCUGCUCUUUCGAGAAGUCAUUCCAGCAAAAUGUAGAAUUUAUUGUCUGCCUCAACAUCAACGAAAAUUGUGAAUUAAUGAAUAUCGUAUCGGGAAUGACAGAUAAUUACAAGUUUGCAGUUGCAAGCAUCAACGACAAUCUUUACAACAAAAGGGUCACGUGUUCCAUCCAGGCUCGAUUUAAAGGUCAAAGUGGACUGACAAUUAAAUUGACCAGUGCCAUCUUCACCCCUACUAUCAAGUUGAUAACGACUGAUAAAUUGGUACUGACAGAGGGCCGAGUUCCCCAGUAUAUCACCGUAAACUCCACAGCUCCUCCACAUAUGUUCUGCUGUCGGGGAUGUAAGGGACAGUGUACGGUCCUCAUACACACUCACACUGACUACGACCGCCAUGACAAGAAAUGUAGACAAUGGGUUCUACCACAAGUUGUAAUCGGAUGGAAAGGUCCGAGUCAGACCGCGAGGCCGGAGUCAUGCGGAGCCUCUCUUUCGCAAUCUAAUUGGCAGGGUUUACUCCAGAUCCCAAUCACGGCUAUGGUGGAUAACAUGUACGAUCGUGACCACAGUACUCACGUGACCGUCCAGGUUCACGUGACUUACCCCAGGCAACCUCCAAUAGUAACCAGUACUUCACAUACUGUCAACAUUGGUCGUAUUGAUGUGGUUGCUAAGGACAAUGACCACAGGUCAAUGUGUACAUCUCUCAAUGAUCCUCAUAUUACAACGUUUGAUGGCAGACGGUACGACAAUUUCAACACUGGAGAGUUUGUUUUAUACAGACAUAAAACACUUCCUUAUGAGGUUCGCGCCAAAUAUGAGAAAUGUAGCACAAGGGGACAUUCCAGGAAGAACCCUUCAUGUAACUGUGCAGUAGCGAUAAAAUCUGGUGAUGAUGUAAUAACAUUUUCAAGCUGUGGAAGCCAUGGCGUCACAGUAACGCCUCAACAUGGUCAUGGACAUCACCAUCAUCACCAACCUGCCCCAACUCCAAUUACAAUACAGAUGUUCAAGAACGGUAACCUCAACCCCGGUACGAUAAUCCGCCGUCUAGGGUGCGGACAGAAGUAUGAGGUACAUCUUCCUACUGGCACGGUAAUUACAAUCCAGUCCAGUGCUCGUCCGUUCCUCAACAUCUGGGUUAAACCAUCCAGUUUAGACUACUCACAGACAGAGGGUCUGUGUGGUAUUUACGACUUAAAUCGCAGAAAUGAUGUCAUCGACAAGAAUGGUAGACCUUAUCCCGAUCGUGAACGUAGUCCAGAUGAUUUCUCGAUGAAAUGGCAUGUCAGUUCGGGAGGCAGUAUUUUUAACGGAGUACCGGCAGCAACAGUACCUGGAAUCACCCGUUUCUGUAGCUGUGUCCAGGGUCGCACUGUGUUUUGUGUCGGCAGUCACGGCACUAUGAGGUGUCCGGAAACACGCUAUGACAUCACCCAGAUGAUAGUGUCCCAGGCCAGACUGCCUCAGCUAGGUGGUAGAAGUAGAGGCAAGCGUCAAGCCACCGUUAAUCAAGUCACUCCGGAGGUUCUACCCGUGAACACGCAGAACUACACGUUAGCCGAGGCCAGGGAUGUAUGUAGCAACGCCAUUUACAACAAUUCAGUCACCGUUCAGUGUGAUAGUAUAGUGAAUGGCUCCGACAUAUCAGACAGAAUCGAAAACUGUGCUGCCGACUUAGAGACGACAGGGGACGACGUUUGGGCACUCGAUUCCAUUAAAGACAUAAUGGAGGAAUGUCUGGGAGAAGUGGACAAGACUCCAGUGAAUGGGUCAAACUCCAAUGUACCUCUCAUAGAUACCUCCAACCUUUGCAGUGAGAUGUGCCAAAACGGGAAUUGUAGUCAAGGAGUGUGUCAGUGUGAACCUGGGUUCGCCGGAAUCGACUGCUCUGUUUCCGCCCUGAACACCACGCCAACUGUCAACCCAAGGCCAGCAGAUAAUACCGGAUGUGACAUCAGACAUUCCAGCGACUCGUGUCAGACAGUGAUGAUCUUGGGAGAAAAUUUUGUUGAAUCGCCAACACUGACUUGUCAUUACACGUAUAUCAAGGUUACUACUGCGGUAGAACAGAUCGGACUGGAGACGAAGGUUCCUGCAAAUUUUACUAAUAUGUACCAAGUGUCCUGUCGCCUACCAGACACCAACACCGGCGCCUUAAUUAGAGUGAGCAAUGACGGCGUUACGCCGAGUAGCGGUCAGUACCUUCACCUUGUAUACGACUCAAUCUGCUACGACUGCACACUCGUGAAUGAUACAUCAGCAUCGACUUGUAAUCGAAAGGGUGAUAGCUGCGUUAUCGAGGAAGCAUGUUAUGCUAAGGACGAAACAAAAUCAGGAGAGAAGUACCAGGUUUGUAAGCCUGAUGUGAGCGCAUCCUCCUGGACAGACACAUGCAGCGCAGAUCCGACUUGUGGUCCGGCAGUUGAAGCCUCAAAACAAGAAGACAGGACGGAAAGCAUCAUUCUGGCCGUGGUGUGUGGAAUUCUGGGAGUUGGCUUAAUCCUUUCCAUAGGAUAUAUACUAAAACACAGAAAGAAGCCCGCAAAUCACAAAUCGUAUAAAGUCCACGAAGAGAGGGCAGAGCAGAUACCAGAAGUAGCGUACGACAACAAAAUGUAUGCUGACAACAAUUAUAGAAUGUAA